GUAGAGCAGUCUGGGGGGAAGGGCAUCACCCCAGGGAAGACCAGGAGAGGUCCACUACAGACCCUCUACAACGGAGACCAGGUGACUAGCUUUAGAAUGGCCCCAUUCUAUCAUGCCUUGAGUGCGUGUGAACACUCAAGGUUAUAUAAUGUUUGUUCACCUGAUAUUGAUGUGUAAGUGUUUCCAGAUGUGUCACACACAGGAAACUAAAUUUGACAAAGUAUUGAUCUUGGUGAACCACUUUGACACAUUUUAUUUGGUUAACACAUAUUUGAUUUCUCAAAAAAUAUAAUUUUUGGGUAGCCUUUGGUUUCUGAACUGAAUUAUUGCUGCUGUACAUUAAAUAUUGUUACAUCAUACUACAUACCAACUGCCUUUUUCUUUCACUUUCCUCAGAGGUAAUGGCUCAAGCGUUACUGCAAGGCUGAGUUGAGUUAAUUUGAUUUGACUUAGAAGUUAUGACUCAGGUCCUUAGUGUUUACUAUAAAAACAGUACCCCCUCUUCCUCAGAAAGACAAAGCUCUCUUUUUCAGCUCCAAUAUCUCAAAUCUCAGGAAUCCAGUGUAUGCUGAGUGAUACUGAAUCUCUCUCUCUCUCUUUUUCUCUCUCUCACACAGAGGGCAGUUAGUUUGGUGCUGCUGAUGCAACUAAUCUUAUCUGUUGUGUUCUUUUUCUCUUGGACUCCGGCCACCUGGCAACCCCUCUAUCUUCUGUUCAUUAUUCACAGUGGGCCAGCAACACAAAGCACCAUGCCCCAUCCUUGAUCCUUCUAUUGCUUCCUCAUUUCUCAAAUCAAGCCACCUCUUUUGCUUCUCAUUAUUAUAAUGUUAAACACUUUGUCUCUUGCAUGUGACUAGUGCCACAGCCUGUCUACUGGGAAACACAGUGGAUGGCCUUGAUGUUGCAAUGCCAAUUCCAGUUCAUUUUCUAAUCCGACAAGAUAGAUUAAAAGACUGACAGUUGGACACAAUUGUUUUAGUCAGAGGAUGUGGCUACAUGAAGAUGUUAUCAUUGGAGAUAUUUCCUAUUUCAUCACUAAGUGUUACAUUCUAAAUGUGAGUGUUGAACUUGUACGUCCCCUUUUCUCUCUGUGACUGUAGUUGGAUUUGUCUGCAGUGCAGACGUCUCUGCGUGGUCGGCGAGAGCUGCUGGAGGAGGCGUGUCUCACCCACACCAAGAAGCGGCGGGUGUUGACCCCAGAUGACCUCCGCCACCUCAUCGUGGACGAUAAGCACGGCCUGCUGUACUGCUACGUCCCCAAGGUGGCCUGCACCAACUGGAAACGUGUCUUCAUGGUCCUGACGGGGGACGGACGCUACCGUGAGCCCCUAGCCAUCCCCGCCAACGAGGCCCACGUGGCGGGCAACCUGCGCACACUUUCAGAGUACUCCACCUCUGAGAUCAACCGCCGUCUGCGCAGCUACCUGAAAUUCAUCUUUGUGCGGGAGCCCUUCGAGAGGCUAGUGUCGGCCUACCGCAACAAGUUCACCCGCAGCUACAACACGGCCUUCCACAAGCGCUACGGCACCAAGAUCAUCCGCCGGCACCGGCCCCACCCCCAGCCGGAGGCACUGGAGCAGGGAAACGACGUCACCUUCCAGGAAUUUGUGUACUACCUGGUGGAUCCCCGCACACAGAGAGAGGAGCCCUUCAACGAGCACUGGGAGCGGAUCCACUCACUGUGCCACCCCUGCCUCAUCCACUACGAUGUGGUGGGGAAGUAUGAGACUCUGGAGCAGGACUCCCGCUCUGUGCUGCGGCUGGCCGGCGCUGACGGGGAGGUCCACUUCCCUACCUCAGGCAAGAGAACCAGGACCAACGGGGACAUGGCAGCUCAGUUCUUCCAAAACGUCAGCCCCUUUUACCAAAAGAAGCUGUACAACCUUUACCGCAUGGACUUCCUGCUCUUCAAUUACUCCAUCCCAGAGUACUUGAAGACUAGAUGA